UUUUGGUGUGCGGGGGAAAGAGAGGGAGACGAUGUGCGAGAAAGCGAGAGUGAUAGUGAGAAUGCUACAAGGCUGCAACAGCAUGAACAAGCUCCGUAAGAUUCAUUCUCAUGUCAUCAUCAAUGGUCUCCAUCAUCAUCCUUCCAUCUUCAACCAUCUCCUCCGCUUCUGCGCCGUCUCCGUCAACGGCUCUUUGUCUUACGCUCAGCUUCUCUUCGACCGUUUCGAUUCUGAUCCAUCUACGUCGGCUUGGAACUACCUUAUUCGUGGCUUCUCCAUAUCUUCUUCUCCUCUUUAUACGAUUCUCUACUAUAAUCGAAUGCUUCUCUCCUCUGUUUCACGUCCUGAUAUCUUCACUUUCAGUUUUGCUCUCAAAGCAUGUGAGAGGAUCCGAUUGAUUCCGAAAUGUUUGGAGCUUCACGGUUCGGUUAUUCGAUCUGGGUUUCUUGCUGAUGCUAUUGUUUCCACUAAUCUCGUUCGUUGCUACUCUGCGAAUGGAAGUGUUGAGAUUGCAUCCAAAGUGUUCGACGAAAUGCCUGUUAGAGACUUAGUUUCUUGGAACGCUAUGAUCUCCUGUUUUUCUCAUGCUGGUUUACAUCAUCAGGCGUUCAGUAUGUACAGUCGAAUGGCAAAUGAAGGUGUGUGUGUUGACGCUUACACGAUAGUUGCUUUGUUAUCUUCUUGUGCUCACGUUAGUGCUUUGAAUAUGGGAGUUAUGCUACACAGGAUCGCCUGUGAUAUUCGAUGUGAGAGUAGUGUCUUUGUGUGUAAUGCUCUUAUUGAUAUGUAUGCAAAAUGUGGUAGCCUUGAAAAUGCUGUUGGUGUGUUUAAAGGGAUGCGCAAGAGAGAUGUGUUGACCUGGAACUCAAUGAUUAUUGGGUAUGGAGUUCAUGGGCACGGCGUAGAGGCCAUCUCAUUCUUCAGAAAGAUGGUGGCUUCCGGGGUUAGACCCAAUGCCGUCACAUUCCUCGGAUUGUUGUUAGGUUGUAGUCAUCAAGGUCUAGUUAAAGAAGGAGUUGAGCAUUUUGAAAUCAUGAGUUCACAGUUCCAUUUGACUCCGAACGUCAAACACUAUGGAUGCAUGGUGGAUCUCUUUGGACGAGCAGGUCAGCUAGAAAAGGCCCUUGAGAUGAUACACACGUCUUCCUGCCAUGAAGAUCCUGUCUUGUGGAGAACCCUGCUUGGCUCUUGCAAAAUCCACAGGAAUUUGGAAUUAGGAGAAGUAGCCAUGAAGAAAUUGGUGCAGCUUGAGGCUUUCAAUGCAGGGGAUUAUGUGCUUAUGACUUCGAUAUAUUCUGCUGCAAAUGAUGCACAAGGUUUUGCUAGUAUGAGAAAACUAAUAAGAAGCCAUGAUUUACGGACUAUUCCAGGCUGGAGUUGGAUUGAGAUCGGUGAUCAAGUUCACAAAUUUGUCAUUGAUGACAAAAUGCAUCCGGAGUCUGCACUUAUUUACUCAGAACUCGGGGAAGUAAUCAACCGUGCCAUUCUAGCUGGAUACAAGCCAGAGGACUCGAACAGAACUGCUCAUACUCUUUCUGAUCGGUGUUUAGAAUCUGCAGAUACAUCUCACAGUGAAAAAUUGGCUAUUGCAUAUGGAUUAAUGAGAACUACUGCAGGAACAACUCUCCGGAUCACAAAGAAUCUGAGAGUUUGCAGAGAUUGUCAUUCAUUUACAAAAUAUGUAUCAAAAGCAUUCAAUCGGGAAAUUAUUGUAAGGGAUAGAGUUCGAUUUCAUCAGUUUGCAGGUGGUCUUUGUUCUUGCAACGACUACUGGUGAUAAAAAAACUGUUCUUUAUCAGCUUAAAAAGGUUUGACAUUUGCUUGUUUUACUGUAUUGGUGUAAGAUUCGACUUCGUGUGCCUUAGGCGAAUUGAUAGUUAUUCGCGUGUUAUACUCUCUUGGUGUUUUGUUAAGUAAGUUAGCUGAUAAUACGAGGUUUCCACAAUAUUUUCUAUUUGUUCUAUUUUCUGAUUCUUUGUUAAUAUGAUCUCCAUCUUCUCUUUCAGAAUUAUCACCACAAGACUCCUUAAAAGGAAAAGUGAGAGAGACAGGAGAUGAGACAAUCAUUGACACAGAGGUCGUGAUUAUGGUCUGGAACAAGAAUAUAACAGAGACGCGAAAAUCAACCAAAGAAAAAGAAGAAUCCAAACCCCAGAAAUUGCAGAGACUUGAGAGCAUUCUUUGGGAUUGCAACACUUGAAGAGAAGAACCGAAGCUGAGUACCUAGUGAGUGAUAGAGAGCUUAUCAAACCAGGACUUUGUUGAGGUAGCCACGAGUGAACAAAAGAGUGUUAAAUUAUUAGCCAGAGGGUCCUAGUUGGGUAGUGAAUAGUGUUAAAUUGAACAUUUAAAAUAAACUUUAAGCUAGAUUGUGAACAAUAGAAUGUGUUUGGUGCUGUUACAAAGUGUAUAGAUCA